AUGAUUAAUCUCAUCUAAAUAUUGCAACAAUCACGAAGCCCAUUUUUUAAAGAAUUAUCCAUUUAUGAGGAUGGAAGAAGAGUAAUUUUAAUUUUUUUUAAGUAGAUGUUAGAAAAGUCCCUGAAAGAAAAAGGAGGGACGGAGUACUAUUUGAUAUCUAAAAAAUUCAUAAAAUAAUGGAAAUAUUAUGUAGAUUAUGAUGAAGAAAUGGAAGAAUUUUAAUAGAACGCUAGAUAGAAAGUUUUGAAUUUAAAAAAUAUGAAUAGCCUGAUAAAAUUAAUUCUGACUUAAUAAACCAUGAGAAUUUGUUCUAGUAUUUUCCUGAGAGUCAUGUUUAUAAUUCUAGCAUUCGCUAUUUGGAAAAUGAAUGGGAUUAUGAAAUUGUAAUUUAUAUAAUAGAAAUUAUAGGUUUUGAAGGGAGUAUAUGAAAAUUUUAACGCAAAUUAUUAAUCAAUCUAACCCUAAAUAAGAAUAGGGUUUUAUAAUGAUAACCUUAAAAGAAAGUAGAUAUUUGCUAAUUUGGCAAGAGUAAUUAAUAUAAUUAUAUUAAAGUUUACUUUGAUUUAUUCAUGUCCAGUUAAAAGAGAAAUAUAUAAAAUAAAAGCUUAAGUAGAUUAAAAUUCUGAGAUUAAGGCAUGGACAAAUUUAUUAAAAGAUACAUUUUAAAAGUAAUUGCACCUAAAAAAGAUAAAUAAUAUUCGAAUAUGGUGUCCAAGACAUAAGACUUUUAAUGCAGACCUAUUAAUAAAAUAAAUUUAGAAAAAAUAAAAAGUAGAUGGAGAUAUUUUAAAUGAUCAUAUUAUGGUAUAUCAAUUGUAAAGUUAAAGAGAUAAUUGUUUAAUAAUUGAUUUUUAAUUGAAUGAUUGGUAAUUUAAGAAAUUUGAAUAAACUAUUGAAUAUGACAAUUAACUUUUAUUAGAGAGAGCUUUGAUAGGUUGUGGUAAAAUAGUGUGUGAAUUUCCAUAAUGCAAAAUAAAUAAUGGAUAUUUAGAUUUAGGAUUUGAAGAAGAAGAUAUUAAAGGAAUAUGUUAAAUUUUGAUUGAAAAUGAAGAAGUAAAAUGGGAAUUAAUAUGUUCAAAAUCAAAAAGUAUCAUAGAUAACUUAUUACCAUUUUAAUAAAGAGAAUACGAUCAAGUUAAUUAUUUAAUGAAGAUCUCUUAAUCUUUAGAAUUAUUUGGAGUUUCAUUUAAAAAUAAUUUCAAUAUAAAUUAAGGAGCAUAUGUGAUUGAUGAAGAAAAUCCAGAAAUAAAUUCAUAAUUAAUUUUUCAUACAGUUAUAAUGCUAAAUUAUUAGAAUGAAAGUUUUAUGCAAAUAAUAAAGAAUUUAUUUUAAAGAAAAGUGCAAGAUAUUGAACCAUUAACAAAUUUAUAUUAACUUAGAGCUCUUUAUUUAAUUCUAUAAUUUAAAUAAUUUCUUUAUUUUAUUUUAGAUGAAAAAUCUUAAAUAAUUUUGACAAUUAUAAGAAGAUUAAAUUAAUAAUAAUUAAAUUAAUUAUCAAAAUGGUUUAAUAGACUUGAAAAAUUUGAACUAAUAUAAUCUUAAUAAAUUAUAAAAAAGUUAAUUGAAUAAUAAAUCUAUCUAUAAAAAAAUGCACUCAUUGGACCACUUUUAGAAAUUGAUGAUAUUUAUAAAUUAAAAGGACUCUUUGAAUUAUAUAGUGUGAUUUACAUGUCAAAUCAAUAGAACCAUAGAAUCAAUGCAUCUGAAUUUAUUAUUAGUUUAAUACAAUAAUUUUACAAAGUUGAUGCAGAUAGAGAGGAAUUCACAUAAUUUUAAAUGUUCAAUUCAAAAGUUUGGAGAAAUUAUUCAUUUACUUUUUGUCAAUAUCCUUGGGCAAUGCCAAUUGAAUUUAAAUCUAGACUUCUUUAAAUUGAAUGUAAAGUGAAGUAGUACGACAAUAGAAGGAGAACUUAUGGUCUUUUACCUUAAUUUGUAUCCUUAACUAUAGAAAGAGAUAAUAUAAUUGAGUCUGCUAUUAAAUAGUUAUAAUAAACUGAGGUUUCUCUGAAGAACCCUUUAAAAAUUUAAUUUGUAAAUGAAUAAGGAGUUGAUGAAGGUGGACCAAAAAGAGAAUUUUUUAGAUUGAUUAUGGAAAAGUUGGUUACUCCAGAUUAUGGUAUGUUUAUACCAAAGAAUAAUGGUACAGUAAUUUGGUUUAAUCCUUAAUCUUUUGAGAUUCCAAUCUAUUAUUCUUUGAUUGGAAAGCUCUUAGGAUUAUCUUUAUAUAACUCUGUAUUAUUGGAUGUUAGAUUUCCAACAGUAUUAUUCAAGAAAUUACAAAGAGAGAAGAUUAAAGAGGAGGAUAUAAAGGAAUUAGAUAUGGAGACUUAUACUGGAUUCUAAUUUCUAAGAGAAUAGACAGAUCCAAAAGUGGUCGAGAGUUUAGGUCUUACAUUUAGUGGUACAUACAAGGUUUGGGGAUAAAAUUAUUUUGAAGAUUUAAAGGUAGUUAUAAAAUAGAUGAAAUAUAGCCUAAUGGAUUUUAAAUUGCUGUUACAAUAGUAAAUAGAGAAGAAUAUAUAUAGUUGUAUUUAGAUUGGUAUUUGAACAAAUUAGUAUAGAAAUAAUUUGAUUUGUUGAAUGAUGGAUUUAAAACAGUUGUUGAUGGUGAUGGUAUAAAAGUAAAAAUUGAUUAUAUUAAUUUACAAUAGCUAUUUACAGGUGAAGAAUUGUAGUAAUUGAUUAUAGGUUUGCCAACUUUUAAUAUGAGAGAUUUGGAAGCAUCAACUAAAUAUGAUGGAUAUGAAAGUGAUUCAGAAUAUAUAAGGUAUUUAUUUUAAUAUAAAUAAAUAAGAUAUUUUUGGAAUUUAAUAUUUUCAUUGAAUUUUGAGAUGCAAAAAAGAUUUUUAUUUUUUUGCACAGGAUCAGAUAGAAUACCUGUUGGAGGACUAAAAUCUAUGAAAUUUGUUAUUUAAAAACAUGGAGAAGGUAUAUAUAUAUUAUUAUUUUAAUAUAUAGAUACUGAAUAAUUACCAUCAGCUCAUACUUGUUUUAAUGUUCUAUUAUUGCCAUAAUACAAAAAUAAGGAAACUUUAAAAGAAAAGUUAAAAAUCUCUUUAGAUAAUGCUGAAGGAUUUGGUUUAAUGUGA